UUCACAGAGAAAGGGGGUGUUCACUGCUCUCCCCCAUUUGAGAGCUUGAGGUCACACUCAAGCGGACACAGAUAGCUAUACCACCCUCUUCAAGACUUUCUACAUCCAAACGCACCUUCUUUUAUCAUCUUCUUCUUCCUUGUAGCUGGUAUCUGCAUCUUUCAUUCAUUGAAUCCCUCUCUUCUUAGAGAAAGAAUUGGGUUUCUCCCAGAAGGGUUUGUAGCCCCAAAGAUACAAGAAAGUUUAGUCCUUUUUGGAUCUCUUUUUUGGCUUUCUUGUUCUCUACUUUUGUAGUUCUUACUUUUUGUAAAAGGAUGCACAUAUCUGAUCUUCCUUAAGUUUCCACAAAUCCUUAAGUCUGGGUCUAACAAAAAUAUACUACGACCUUUUUUUGUCCUCUUUUCACUUUUUAUUUUAGCCCUUGUGGCUGCUUCACAGCUCUAGAGGCCAGCACCGACCCUCAAUCCCAGCCAAGAACCCAAACAGAUCUUUGUUAAAACCACCAGUUUUCCGUAACCAGAUGAUAUUUCAGUACUGUUCUGCAAAAGAAGCUUAGUUUACAAAAUUGAGAUUUGGAGUUUUUGAGUCAAACGGAGAUGCAGGACCCAUCGACGUAUAAUCAGAUGAAAUCACAAUUUCCGGGGCACGAGCAGCUGAAAUGCCCACGCUGUGACUCCACUAACACAAAGUUCUGCUACUACAACAACUACAACCUCUUGCAGCCCCGCUAUUUCUGCAAGAACUGCCGCCGCUACUGGACUAAAGGCGGGGCUCUCAGGAACAUCCCCGUUGGCGGAGGUAGCCGCAAGAACAACACCAAGCGCUCCAACAAUCCCAAACGCCAGGCCAACUCCGCUCCCGAUUCAGAACCCGCCCGGAUCCGGAAACAGCCGGAUUCUUCCACUUUGUCGACACCGACACCAGCUUCCACUUCCACAACAGUGACUCUCCAUGGGGUUCAGAACUUGCCGUUGGACUCUGACCCGUCCAGGAUGUACGGAUUGUCGGCCGAUCAGGAUACGAAGAUGCUGGAUAUCCCCGGAAGCUUCAGCUCGCUUCUCUCCUCCAAUGGGCAUCUUCUUGAAGGGUUGAACCCAGAUGGGUCGGGUUUGAAAACGGUGCAAAUGGGUGAUUUCAGACGUAACGCGGAUGAAGUGCGUGAUCUGAAUCCGGGUUCUGUUCAAGACCCGGGGUUGGAGGGAAGCAAUAAUGGCGAUAGUUAUUUGGGCGUACAGAAUGAGGAUUCAAGUUGCUGGGGUGGCGGAAGCAAUGGGUGGCCUGAUCUUGCUAUUUACACUCCAGGUUCAAGUUUUCAGUAGAAACAAAAAGCAGGGACGAGUGUUAAUAUUUAUAUAUUUUUUAAAAAAUUUUAAAUUUAAUUGCUUUUAUUGUGGUAAUUUGAAGAUUAUUAGAGACUAAAGUUGGUGGAGAAAAAAAUUUAUAAUUUUGUAGCAUUUUAUGAUGAUUCUGGAGAAGAGGACAAUUUUAUGCUACAUGGUUAACUUAUAUGUGUAUAUAUGUAGUUACCAAUUUAUCCCUUAUGGUUUGUUUUUUG